UAAUUACAUGGAAAAGUUUAGUUGGUGUUCCCUUUAAAAGGCAAAUUCAAUAAUGAUGUACUAGGGAAUUAUUGACCAAUCAAAUCAAAGGAGAAACUUUACUGCGCUGUGGAUAAACAAAAGAACGUACUCCGUCAAGAACAGCGAUGGCAAUGGCGUCGAAAGCCAGAUAUUUUGUCUUAAAAGUUUGUGCUUUAUUUUUUGUAAUAAUUUUACAAGUACACUGUGAUGAUGUUCCAUCUAAAGAGGAAGCAUGUGGAUAUUGGAAGAGAAUAGCUGAUCAGAUGUCGAAUCAAAGUCAACAGAUGCAUUGUGUGGCCAACUCAACUGACCCUUGCACACGAUUAGACUGUCAGGGCACCUAUAAAUAUAGGUCAUGGAUGAUACCAACAUCAACAAAUAUAGAGAUUGAUUUUUGUUUUGGUAUUGUUUUAAAUCACUGUGAUGAGCCAGUUGCUCUAGAUAUAUACCUCCAAAUACCCAAAAGAAAUGUCUCCUACCAAAGUAGAGUUAGACAUGAUGAGUUAAUGAAAAUACCAGGUGGAAGUAUCACAACAGCCUCUUUUGGUAAAGUGGAUGCAUUUUUAUAUUUUCAUAUGGUAAAGACUGGUAGCUUUGUGAACUUUUCUAUGGUAAUAAAAUUGAAAAUAACAGCACUAGGAGGUUUCUCAAUGUGGCCACCAGGUCUACAAAGAACUUUGGUUCCUAAUGAGAGAAUUCCAGUACCACCUUGUGAACAUCCUACAAAUGAUUCAGCAGUCAUACCUCCUCCAGUUUGUCAACCACCUCACUGGAGACAAAUAUCUGGACAUGUUCCUCAACAAUCUGUCACACCUGGAACAAAUCCUUCAGGUGGAUCUAAAUCUGAUUGGCAUACAAUAUUGCCUUUAGCAUCUACUACACCUGCAUCAUUGACCUUCAACAAGACUUGUAGUGAUGCCGAUGGUCAACAGUGUGCAGAGACGGAAGCUUGUAAUGAGCAGAUUAACAUCUGCGUGUGCUAUGAUGAUUUUGUCUAUGAUAAGACAGUUAAAGCUUGCGUUACAAAAAGCCGUCUAAACCAAGUCUGUGAUUUUAAUCAGAAAUGUGGUCCAAGUGAAGUUUGUAAGGAAGUUAAAGGCCAGAAUUCUGUUGGACGUUGUGCAUGCAAGCAAGGCUUCCACUAUAGUAUACCUAGACAAAUUUGUGAUGCUGCAAAUCAGGAUACAUUUACAGUGAUGCCUGGUACAACUGCCCCAGAUGCAAAUGCCACUAAAAAACAACCUCUCCAUCAAACUACAAAGGCCUAUACUAAUACUACUGCUGUAAUUGCUGGAUGUGUGUCGGCUGUAAUCAUACUUACUGUUAUUGUCAUUGUGGUCUUUAUGAUGAUUCGUAAAAAAAGAAGUCAGUAUGAUCGUCAGAUUUUAUUGGAAAAUGAUGAUGAGCCAUUGGCCAUUUAAUUUUAGAUUAUGUACAUUCUUUAAAUUUUAUUUUAUUAUUUUUGUCUUUUGUAACCAAGCCUUAUUUUAUAUACUGAGAUGCAAUGAAAACGCACCACUGAUGUGAAUAGAAGUGCUGGCGAGACAUAAUGUGGUUGGUUGUAUAUUGCCGUCGCCCCUCUGCUUCCAGCAUUUACAAGCAAUUGUGCACACUCUAGACUUUAAAUUUAUACACAGUGUUUACAGUCAUGAGAUGAAGAAGUCUCUUGAUUUCAACAAUUUUUGAUAAUUCCAGCCAGAGUUAUGGCCCUUGAUCACUUUGAAAACUCUUGUGGACACUCUAGAGGCUAAAGUUAAUAUUUAUUUAUUUUCAUCGAUUUUCAAUAAUUAAUGAAAGAGAUUUGGCCCUUGAUCACUUGAAAAAAUCUUGUGGACGCUCUCGAUGCUAAAGUUAAUAUCUGAUUGACGUUAAAUUUAUACACAGUGUUAAAGCCAUUUGACAAAGAAUCCUAAUGAUUUUCAACGAUUUCUGAUACUGUCAGAGUUAUGGCCCUUGAUCAUUUGAAAAAUCUUGUGGACAUUCGAGAUGCUAAUGUUAAUAUCCGAUUGACUAUGAAUUUAUACACAGUGUUAUGAUUAUGAGACAAAGAAAUCUAUUGAUUUUCAACAAUUUCCAAUAAUUACUGUCAGAGUUGUGGCCCUUGAUCAAUUGAGAAAUUUUGUGGAUGUGCUACUCUAGAGGCUAAAGUUAAUAUAAGGUUAUACACAGUGUUUAAGGUCAGAGACAAAGAAUCGAAACAAAUUCUAAUGAUUCUGAUAAGUACUUGUAAUCAGAUUUUAGUGUGUUUUAAAUGUUUUCAUUACUGACAAAAGAAAAAAUAUGCAACAACCCUUGUUGACGGUCUGGACGACUUUAGACUGGACAUUUACCGACACAGUAACAGCAGUAUGGAAGCUGGCAGUGUGCGAUUAGAACUGAAAGAUCUUUCUAGAUACUGUGCCAGUCUUGUCAGUGAGGUGUCACAUGCAGCUGUCUAGGCUUUGGCCGAGCUCUAGUGGACUUUAUUUGCUGGUAACAAUUGUAAAGUCUCGGGAUGGUAGUGUGAUGACAUCUAAACCUGUCAAUAACUCUGGUAUUCAUGCCCUCGUGAAUUAAUGCAAUGACGCUUCUCCAACUCUCCAUAGUACUGUAGGUGUUGUAAUUAUCCCUUGUUUUUGAAAAAGAUACAAUUUAUAGCCCAUGUCUGUAUUAUAAAGUCCUGAUCAUCAACAUUCCCAUUUUUUUUGUGAGAGAAUUGACCUGUAGUGCGUUUAUGUGAUCCUAAAACAUCAUUCUCACAUGUUAUCGUCAGGAUCUGAUGAUGUUAUACUAGUUAAAGACAGAAUUGCAAGAUUUGCAAUCAUUCAUUUAUAAAAGUGCUGUUUGUCAUUGCUUUUUCAUUUCAUCUCAGUAUAUUUUCAUAAAAUGAUAAAAGCAUAAUUUUUUUUAUUUAUAAUUGUAUACCUGUUUGCCAUUUAACUAUAUUAAUUUCAUUUGCUAAAUAAAUCUUCUUGUAAGAUUAUAAAACAUCAUUUCUAGAUACAUAGGUGAGGUUUUUACAGUGGCUUAGGUAUUUAAAUACCUAAAUAUCAGAUAUCAUGAAUACAUGUUCCUAGCCAGUCCAGUACAAUUUGCAUGUUUUACAAAUCAAAAUAAUAAGCUUCUGUGAUUAUACUUUUGACUGGCUCAACAAGAUAUUGCCUUUGGCAAGGCUUUGGGAGAGUGCAAGCUGUUUUCCCAUAUUUUGUAUAGGUUGACUUUUUCAAUGGAAUAUAAAAUACGAAAAAGAAUGUUUAUUGUAUUAUAAGAUAUUAAGCUUGAAUAAAAGCACAGUUUUUGAUAUCUAAUUCUAAAUGAUAUAUUUUAAAACUGGUAUAUAAUUUGAUAAUGGUAAAGAGCUUGUGUACAAGCUUUAACUGUAUUCAGUGAUUUGUAAGAUUGUUCAUUUAUUUUUACCUGUUUUAUCAUAAUAAUAAACGUCCAUAUAAUUUACCAGGAAUCUGUACAUAAAAUGUAAAUAUCCUACAGCUGGUAUUGUGCACAUAAUGUCUUUUCCAUCUAUUUUUAUAAUUUCUCUUUAUAUACAUGUUAUUUUUUUUUUUUUAAAUUCCAUUGUAAUGUAUUUAUCGUUACAGAUUUAAGAAUAUAUUGUGAGAUUGAAAAAGAUGUUGCCUAAAAAUAUUCAUAUAAAAUUGGUAUUGUCUUUUCUUCGCUAUCUGUUAAAGAUUUGAAAAUUUGGUGUAUGCAAUGUUUAUUGUCAUUAUUGUUUUAAUUGAUUGUGAAUUGUAGCUGAAGAAUAUAUUACAUAUUCCUAAAGCAAUAGUUAACAACUAGUUAGAGAUUGCUACACUGAACUAAAGAAGGUGACAUUCAUGGGAACCAUAUCCAGGAUUUGUUAAAACUUGAUACAAUCACUUGAUUUGAAUUCAAAAUUUCUCUGCUAAAACAAAUGACAUGAUAGCCCCAAAAGCUUAAUCCAUUUACUAAAAACUGGUUAUCAAGAUCAAUAACUUUAUCAAUAAGACUUUUGAGGUAACCACAAUACAACCUCUAAGCUAAGUUCCGCCUGCUAUUGUAAUUACACGAUUCAUUUAUUGCUUUAGGAACAUGUAUAUGCUUUGCUCUUCUUUUUACUUUGUUCUUGUAUAUUGAAACAGUGGCAUCUCUUUUAUUAUAUUCUUGUGUGAACUAACAGUUCUUUACUUUAUUAACAUUGUUUUACAUUUUGUUUUGAUCAGUAUGAUUACUUUUAAAUGCAACUUCAUAAUAUGGUAAAAACUUAAAGAUGUUAUGUAAAACUUGGGUGAACAUAAAUUAAUUUUUAUUGUAAUAUGUUUUUAUCACAUAACUUUUUAUUAUUAGCAUAUAUUUAUAUAGUUUGCUUUGUUUAUUCUUUAUUAUAUUCAUUUUUUUUUUUUUUGCUGGGAGAGAUGACCUGGUUAUACAAGAAAUAUUAUUACUACUGUAAAAUAUAAAGAACAAAUUUUUUUUUGUGACUUUCAGUUAAUUGGAAAAAACAAUAAUGGUUGUGAUAUAGAUUAUCACAUGAUUUUCUACAUUAAUAUUAUGGAUUUAUAGAUCUUUUUUAUACUUAUUAAUAUUUGGAGUUCAUAAUGAUCUAACUUGUGAGAAAAUUGUAAGCUUGAAGUGUCUUAUUUGAAUCGUUACAUUAUAUGAUGUCUAUUGUAUUAAUUGAAGUUGAAUUUGGGUAAGUUGUACAUCAUAUCAGCUAAUUCAGUCAACAUACAAGAGAACAAAAAGAAAGUACCAAUAUGAAGCUAUUCAUUCUUAAUAUCAAUGGCCAACAUUAUUCCCUGCCCCCCCCCCCCCCCCCCCCCCCCCCCCCCGGACAUUGUCAUUAUCAUUAAUUGAUAUAUAAGUCAAGAUAGGCAUACAAAUUUGGCAUUUCAAGUUUUCAAAAGUUAUGUUGAAUGUUCAUGAAUAUCAUAAGAAGGUUGUUAAAAUUGUACAUCAUUUUAUUGCCUCUAUGUUUGUUGUAAGCUUAAUACAUAUAUUAUUGUU